GGUAAGACUUUUCAAGCACAUGUUAUUGGUUUGUUUACGUUCUGAACGAGAGUAGUUGGAGCGCAUUGAGGAACUUGUUGUAGUUUUAAAAUAAAAUAUUUAAAUAAAAAUGAAAUUCUCGUAUAAGUUUUCCAAUUUAUUGGGUGCAACAUAUCGAAGUGGAAACAUACUGUUUACACCAGAUGGAAACUCAGUGAUAAGUCCUGUUGGUAAUCGGUUAUCCAUAUUUGAUCUAAAAAAUCAUAAAAGUCGUACAUUAUCUUUGGAAUCGAAUUAUAAUUAUUCUGCCAUUGCACUUUCUCCAAAUGGUAGUCUACUGAUUGCAGUGAAUGAUUGCGGCCAAGCUCAAUUAAUAAGUAUGGUUUCAUGUACAGUGAUACAUACCCAUAAAUUUCAAAAUAAGGUACAAUGCAUUCAAUUCAGUCCAGAUGGAGCUUACUUUGCAGUGGCUCGUGGAAAUAUUAUACUUAUUUUUCGUACACCAGGUGAACUUACAGGCGAAUAUAGUCCAUUUGUUUUAGUACGCAAUUUUAUUGGUGGCUAUGAAGAUAUCAGUUGGUUAGACUGGUCAACAGAUUCACGUUUUUUGGCAAUAGGUUGCCGUGAUAAUUCCACAAAAAUUAUUGCUAUACGAUAUUUGACUAACUUCAGAACGUAUAACUUAGGUGGCCAUACAGAUGCUAUUGUUGCUUGCUUUUUUGAAGACAAUAGUCUUCAUUUAAACACUGUUAGUCGUAAUGGUCAACUAUGUUUAUGGGAGUGUAGUCUAGGAUUUAAGGAUAUUGGUAAAGUGAACAAAAUUGAAGACAUUCUACCACCUAAAAUAACGAAAACUGGCGAUGAUGCAGAUGAUUCUGAGGAUGAUAUUAAAGAUGAUAUUGAAAAAUCAAAAUCCGAUGAAAAAUUGCUUGCAGAAGGUGUUGACGAAAAUGAUGUAAAAGAUGUGGAAGCAAGGAAAAUGCAUCCGUUUUACUAUAAAAAACUUUCACGUCAUUAUCUUGCUAAUGAACCCCGCAAAGAACAACCUAAAGUUGUGUUAACUGCUACACAUUAUAAUAAAAAGACUAAAAUUCUGGUGGUUGCAUUUAGCAAUGGUUCGUUUUAUUUGUAUGAACUACCUGAAGUAAAUAUGAUACAUUCAUUAAGUGUAUCGGAUUAUCCAAUAUCUACUGCACUUUUUAAUUGCACUGGAGAUUGGGUAGCUUUAGCUUCAAAAGAAUUAGGUCAAUUGCUUGUUUGGGAGUGGCAAAGUGAACAGUACAUAAUGAAACAGCAAGGACAUACCAGUGAAAUGUCUUGCACUGCGUAUUCACCUGAUGGUCAGUUUAUUGCAACGGGUGGCGAAGACUCUAAAGUUAAGUUGUGGAACACCCAAAAUGGGUUUUGUUUUGUGACGUUCACUGAACAUACUGGUAAUGUUACUGGUGUUCAAUUUAGUAAAAACAAAAAGUUUUUAGUGAGUAGCUCUUUGGAUGGAACUGUACGUGCUUUCGAUAUAACAAGAUAUCGAAAUUUUCGUACAUUCACUUCUCCAGAACCUGUACAGUUUUCUUGUGUAGCAAUUGAUCAUUCUGGGGAGUUAGUAGUCGCUGGAGGACAAGAUGUAUUUGAUAUAUAUUUAUGGUCAGUAAAGAUGGGAAAUCUUCUGGAAGUUAUUAGUGGUCAUGAAGGACCAGUGACAUCAGUUGCUUUUUCACCUGUAGCUACUUCCUCGACUCUUGUAUCAGGUUCAUGGGACAAGACAACAAAAAUCUGGAACUGUUUAGAGGAUAACAGUAAGCAUGAGACUAUUGAUAUAUUAUCUGAUGUAACAUGUGUUGCAUUCAAUCCUAAUGGCGAAGAUAUUGCUGUUGCAGCUUUAAGUGGUAAUAUAAUGAUAUUUAAUGUUAAAUCAGCUUCGCAAGUAAGCUCAAUUGAAGGCCGAAAUGAUUUGGGAGCUGGGCGCUCUGAAACUGAUUUAAUAACUGCUAAAAAAAAUUUGAAGGGAAAAUAUUUCUCUUCUCUUGAAUAUUCUGCUGAUGGUGAAUGUAUUUUAGCUGCAGGUAACUCACAAAUGAUUUGUAUUUAUCAUGUGCGGGAAGCAAUUCUUGUUAAAAAGUUUCAAAUAACUCAAAAUCUGAGUUUAGAUGGCAUGCAUGAUUUUUUAAAUUAUCGCAAUAUAACUGAAUUUGGAAAUAUGGCUUUAAUAGAAAAACGAGAAGAGCUUGAAGGUGGUAAUGUUGCGAUACGUUUACCUGGUGUUCAAAAGGGUGAUAUGGCAUCAAGAAAUUUUAAACCAGAAGUUAGAAUAUUUUCUGUCAAAUUUUCACCAACGGGUCAGUCAUUCUCUGUAGCAUAUACGGAAGGACUUUGUAUUUAUUCUUUGGACAAAGGCGUUGUAUUUGAUCCGUUUGAUUUAUCAAUGGAAGUCACACCAAAAGCUAUAAAAGAAUACUUGCAGAAAGAGGAAUACACAAAAGCGCUUAUUAUGGCAAUUAAACUGAAUGAAGCAAAUGGUAUUGCAACGGUACUGGAAAAAAUUUCAUUUCAAGACAUUGAAUUAAUUUGUUCCAAUCUGCCAAACCAAAUAGCAGGUAGGCUACUGCAGGCAGUGGCACGAAUGCUGCAAUCAACACAUCAUAUAGAAUUCUAUUUACAAUGGUGUUGCUGUUUGCUGAACAGUCAUGGAAAUCGGGAUGGAGUUUUUGAACAUCAUGCACUGUUAUCUCUGCACGAAAGCAUGUCACGAAAAUAUGAACUACUUAACAAAAUUUGUGAUUUUAACAAGUAUACCAUGAGGAUUAUAUUAGACGCAGUGGAUAAGCAAAACGAUUCGCAAAAUAAUAAAUCAAAUAAGAAUUCUACAGAAAUAACUGCUGAUUCGAGCGAUGAUGAUGAAGAAAUGCUUCUAAUUAAGACAAAUCAUGGGGAUGUUAAAGAUGAAAGUGAAUUUGUUGAAGAAAGUAGUAGCAGUAGUAGUGGCGACGAAAAUGACAGUGAGAAUGAAGAAAAUAGGAUUUAACAGAUGAACUUGAUUAAAAUAAGUUAUAUAAUAAAUAUUUUUUAUUGCUAUGAUGUGACCAUAUGACUAUAAGAU